AUGGAAGACGGCGCAAAAGAUGACUACAUCAAGGACAUCUACCGACACGCGUCGCCCAACGCCGACACAGACUCCUUCCUCGGCAGCCCCACCGUCGCCAUCGACAGCACGCUGUCCACGUCCAACUCUCUCAGCAACUUGAAUCUCGACACCAACGACAGCAGCAGCUCGCCACCAGCUCACAAUGACGACGUGCCAGACAUUGCCGAGGUGCUCCAGGAAAUGCUCGCAACCACAGAACUGCCGUCGUCCACAACGGAUCUGGACUACGAGCCUGAGCUGGACCUUGUGGGAGGCCACCGGCGCAAUCUGGGCCAGCUGAACGACUACGGCAGCCCCAGGGCGGACUCGUUUGUGUCCCUGGACCCGCCCAGCAUCGGAACCGAGGUCGAGCAGUUUCUCUCCAAGAAAAAACAGUUUUUCAUCCUCUCCUCGGCCGGAAAACCCAUCUACACCCUGCACGGCUCGGACGACGUGAUUCUCGGCUACCUGGGCGUGCUACAGACGGUGGUGAGCGCCUACCAGGCCGACGAGUCCGGCGACAACCUCAUGUCCUUUCGAGCAGGCAAGACCCUCGUAGUUGUUGCGGUCGAGGGACCUCUGAUCCUGGCGGCCGUGUCCAAAAUUGGAGAGAGUGAGAGCCAACUCAGAGCCCAGUUGGACGUGCUGUACACCCAGAUUCUAAGCACGCUGACCAAGAACCAGAUUCAUCGAAUCUAUGCCAACCAGAGCAACUUCGAUCUAAGAAACCUCCUGCAGGGCACCGACGUCUAUCUGGAUGCUCUGACCCGGGAAAUCGUCAACGGAAGCCCCUCAAUUCUCCUGGGGGCUCUUGAGCCGCUGAUCCUGCGAAAGUCCAUCAGAGAAGAGAUUGAUGGUGUUCUUCUCAGCUGCAGAACGCCCUCGCUGCUCUACGGACUGAUUGUCUCUGACUCCAAGCUCGCCAACGUUAUCCGUCCCAAGAAACACUCGCUACAUCCGCCGGACCUUAUCUUGCUGUUUAGCAUGCUUUUCAACACCACCUCCUUCCGCGAUGGAGAGCACUGGGUGCCCAUUUGUCUGCCCAAGUUCAACUCCACCGGCUUCCUCUAUGCCUACAUCCACUUCUUCAGCAAGUCGUCUGCCCUGAUUCAAAUCUCCGCCGAUAAGAAUGCAUUUUUCGAGCUGCGUGAAGCCAAGCAGCAGAUCCUGUCGCAGAUGGAAGAUAAGGGUCUUAUCAAGGCUCUGGAACGUGCAGAGGAGAGGGGUAGGUUCAAGCCGGUGGAUGUGGCGGUCCCCAUGGUGAGGCACUUUCUGUACAAGAGCCGAGCACACGUGCAGUAUGUUAUGCCGUCCUACGAGACGCACUACUACGAACCGCACAUGCAGCGCGGGCUGCUAACGUUCUACCACCAGCUCCAUGCUCAGGUGAACAGUGACUCGUCCCGUGGCUCCAACAAUGGGUGGAGGUUUAUGCACUUGGUGCGUAAUUCCUGCAUUGGGUUUGCGUGGAUAACCCCCUCUUUUGAGCUCUAUUGUGUAUCGGGACCUAACGUGUCGCGUGCCACGCUAGCCGCCUCCAUCCACUCGAUUGCCAAAUGGGUCAGCCAGCACCGCGAGCGGCUAUUUGUUAUUGGAGGGGCGGUUUUCUAG